AUGUCGACACUUUCUCAGUUUCAACAACUUGAAAAGCUUGGAGAAGGAACUUAUGCAACCGUUUACAAGGGCCGCAACCGGGCAACAGGCCAGCUGGUGGCUUUGAAGGAAAUUACACUGGAUAGUGAGGAGGGUACUCCGUCGACUGCGAUUCGUGAGAUUUCGCUGAUGAAGGAGCUGCGGCACGCCAACAUUUUGCGAUUAUACGACGUGAUCCACACAGACAAUAAACUUAAUCUAGUGUUUGAGUACAUGGACCGCGACCUUAAGAAAUAUAUGGACACGUAUGGAGUCAAAGGUGCCUUGGAUCCCAAGAUUAUAAAGUCAUUUAUGUUCCAGCUUCUAAAAGGUGUUUAUUUCUGUCACGAAAACCGCGUUUUACAUCGUGACCUAAAGCCCCAAAACCUGCUCAUCAAUGCACGCGGACAACUCAAACUUGCGGAUUUCGGUCUGGCUCGUGCAUUUGGUAUCCCCGUCAACACCUUUUCCAACGAGGUUGUGACUUUGUGGUAUCGUGCGCCGGACGUGUUGCUUGGGUCACGCACCUAUUCGACUUCUAUUGACAUUUGGUCUGCAGGCUGCAUUUUGGCCGAAAUGUUUACCGGCCGUCCGCUUUUUGCUGGUAACUCUAACGAGGACCAACUGCAGCGUAUUUUUAAGAUUAUGGGUACUCCUAAUGAACACACUUGGCCCAAUAUCUCAGCACUCCCUAACUACUCGGCCAGUUAUCCUCAGUACCCCCCUCAAGACUUGCGUUCUAUCAUUCCACAAAUUGAUCCUGUCGGUCUUGAUCUGCUACAACACUUGCUCCAGCUCAUGCCCGAGCGCCGCAUCUCUGCACAGCAAGCCUUGCAACACCCGUGGUUUGCUGAGUAUAAUACUGUUCCUGCUGCUGCUGCCGCAUCUGCUGCAUCUGCUGUUGCAGAAUAUGGCCAACAACAGCAACAUCACCAACAACAACAACAGCCGAUUCAAUAUUAG